AUGGCGGCCGCUUCCAGCUUUAUGCCGUCGGCUCAAGCCUUUCGACCCUCACCUUCGGCCCAGUCGCCCUAUCCGCUCAACAUGUCGACCGCCCAUCUCUUCGAGCGCGAACCCACCAAGCCUGUCGGCACCCCGUUUGCAAGCACGCCAACUUGCAUGGUUCGAGUUCUCAUUCGCCGUCUGCCACUCAACACAUCGGAAGAAUCACUUCGUCUGAUGGUUGUUUGGUCCAAGGAACUGUCUGACGUCGAGCUGCUUCCGGUUGAAAAAUCGGAAGAUGAAGGCUUUCGGUCCGCUCUCCUUCGGUUCCGCACCAUGGCUGCGGCAGUGGAAGUCAAGCAGAUGCUUGACGGUAGAUCCAACAUAUCCAAAGACGCCGAAAUGAUUGUGGAAGUACUGCCAAACAGCCCGCCCACGGCGAGGCGGCAUACUACCGAUCAAACGGCCGCCGCCGCCGUCGCUUCCUCUACAGCGUCAUCCGCGUUGGCAGCCUCUCGACAAGCGGCGCGUUUCAAUGGUUUCCAAGCGCUGGACAACAGCAUAUCUCCCACGUCCAAUGGACCCUUUCCCGCUCACGAGUUUAUCCAUCCCGAGGCCAACUCUCACUACCAGAACAUCUUCUCAUCUCAGUCACCAAUUGGCAACCAUUUAAGCGAACGUCCGAGGAUAUCGGGCAAGUCGCUCAUCAGCAGCGACUUUGGCGACGAUGACGAGACCAGCGACUUGCUAAAAGAUCCGGUUGCCUAUGCAGAGAGCGGAGCCACGUCGCAACGCCGCGCCACGGCUCCUCAACUCCCCAUCAGCCGCAUGGCAGGUCUGUCCCUGGGCGCGAAUCAUCCGCCGGGCCCUGCGUCGCUGCCGCCGUACAUGAGUCCGCUGCCGCCGGCCAACGCCCCGGGGCCGGGGCUCGGAUACUCUGCCAACAACCACGGCUAUCCGCGACACACCUUUCCUCCGGUGAACCCGGCGGAUCAGAACCCGCCCUGCAACACUCUGUACGUCGGCAACCUGCCGCUGGACACAUCCGAGGAGGAGCUCAAGGCCAUGUUUUCCAAGCAAAGGGGCUACAAACGGCUCUGCUUCCGCACCAAGCAAAACGGGCCAAUGUGCUUUGUGGAGUUUGAGGACGUAUCGUUUGCCACCAAGGCUCUGCAUGAACUCUACGGCCAGCCGCUCCACAACAGCGUCAAGGGUGGCAUACGCUUGAGCUUCUCCAAGAACCCGCUGGGUGUACGCUCUGGGCAAGCUCCCAGCCAGGGUGCCAACAACGCCAUGGGGGCCAUGAGCGGCAUGAUGGCCGGUGGCAGCAGCAACUCUUUUCCUCCCCACGGGCCGCCCCCGGGUUUGGCUGCACCUCCCGGCCUUGGAAGCAUCCACGGUAGUUACAGUGUUGCUUCGUCCAUGAACACGGGUGGGAAUCGGCCGUAUAACAAUGCCAUGAACGGCCUUGCUGGCGGGCCCAGCCACCCGUGGAGCAACUCCAACCUGAACAGCAGCGUUGCCGCGGGGCCCAACGGAGGAAUGACCAAUAACUCGUCUUAUUUCCCGAGACACAUGAUGGGACGCUAA